AUGGCAGCCAUCAACAUGAUGUAUGAUUGUACUGUCAAAGCCAACACUGGAAUUCGUUUUCUGGUCGAUGCUCACAACCAAGCCAUUGCCCAGCAAGCUCUUGUUGCAUCUUCUGUAACUCAGAGAGUAACUGCCGCCAAUUUGUCUACAAAUAGACACACCAAAGGCGAAAUGCGUGCAAUUGUUCUGCUUGUUGCUGAAAACAAAAGCCGCAGGCGAUGGAACACGGAUGAGAGGAUCAAUCAUCCUGACAAUGUUGAGGUGAUUAAUUACCUCCAACAGUAUAUCGUUGCCCAGCCUCACACAGCUGGGUUCUGGGAGGAUAUGAUAGUGCAGAAAAUAAAAAACAAUUACAAGACAUGUUUUCGUGCUGUCAACACAACCCCCGAGCAAGCGUCUUCCAAAAGGCGCAAUAAUCCAAUUGACACUGAGAUGGGAUACAAGCCAGGUAACCCUGAUGAGAUGGCAUACUUGCAUCUCCUCGAGAAGAGUGUGAUGUCUGAUGGUGAAUCGGAAGAUGAGGACGUCACUCCUAUAAUCCGUGUGCGGGUUUUGCAGCUGAAUAUGCUUAUUCAGUUCAUUGAUUUCUUGGCAGCAGAGAAUGACAAGAAGAUUGCAACACCAUAA